AGUUGGCACCGCCAAAGGGCGUGUAGAGUGUAGAGGUAGACAGACAGAUCACAAACAACAUAUAAAUUGGUGUUUGUUUCCCAGCAGAUCUAAAAGAACUCCACAUUCACGUUCAUGCGUCCUACUUCCACUCCCAUUCCUAGUCAAAUUCCUUCGUGACUCUCUCUCUCUCUCUUCUCUGCGUAAACCCACUAGAUCCCCUCUCUCUCUCUCUCCCUCUCUCGCACACCCAAAUCUUGAAUUCUCUCCAUCUGCCUGCAAUCACCCAAAAUCUUGAAUUUUUGGAAUGUUAUAGACAAACCCAGUUGCAAUCUUGAUUGCAUUGUAAAACAGAUACCAGUGCAUAUAAAUUGGAUUGGGUAGAAUAUAGAGAAUGGGCAAAGUUUCCAUCUUCAUAUACAUAACCAUAGUAGUCCUUCUUCUCCUUCUCGUCUCUCACUCUCCCAAGAAGCCUUCAAACCACCGCCACCGCCGCCUCAAGCUCCGCUCCAACUUCACCCUCUCUCCCCGUGCCCACAACACCCACCAUGAGCCCGUCCCUUUCGACCCCAUUGUCGCUGACAUCGAGCUCCGCCGCGAGGACCGCCAGUGGGAGAAGCAGUACUUCGAGCACGCCCACCCCGAGCUCGAUCACGUGGACUCGGCCCCGGCCGCCGAGUCGCAGCCCGAGUGGGAGGACUUCAUGGACGCCGAGGACUACUUGAACGAUGAGGAGAGGUUCAACGUAACCAACAGGCUGGUGUUGCUCUUCCCGAAGAUCGAUGUGGACCCUGCUGAUGGGUUCGUGACCGAGCACGAGUUGACCGAGUGGACCUUGCAGCAGGCCAAUAGGGAAGUGAUGCAUAGGACGCAGAGGGAAUUGGACACUCAUGACAAGAACAAAGAUGGGUUUGUUUCUUUUGCUGAGUAUGACCCCCCAAGUUGGGUUCAGAAUGCGGAUAAUACUUCUUUUGGCUAUGAUAUGGGCUGGUGGAAAGAGGAGCAUUUCAAUGCAUCAGAUGCAGAUGGAGACGGUCUCUUAAAUAUAACCGAGUUCAAUGACUUUAUGCACCCAGCUGAUACCAAAAACCCAAAGCUACUAAAUUGGCUGUGUAAGGAGGAAGUCAGGGAAAGAGAUACAGACAAAGAUGGGAAGGUUAAUUUCAAAGAAUUUUUUCAUGGUCUCUUUGACAUGGUAAGAAGCUAUAAUGAAGAGGGUCACAAUUCUACACAUCAAGACAAUGAUUCGAUGGAGGCCCCUGCUAGAAAAUUGUUUGCUGAGCUUGAUAAAGAUAGUGAUGGAUACUUGUCAGAUGUAGAACUACUACCUGUAAUUGGAAAACUUCACCCAUCUGAGCGAUACUAUGCGAAACAGCAAGCAGAGUACAUCAUAUCACAGGCAGAUGCUGAUAAAGAUGGACGUCUAACCUUGACAGAGAUGAUCGAUAACCCGUACGUAUUUUACAGCGCUAUAUUCAACGAGGACGAUGAGGAUGAUGAGUACCAUGAUGAAUUCCGUUAAUUUCAUGCUAGGAUACUAGGAAAACUUCGGCCAAAUUGAAACUUGUUUUGGGUAAUAUAGACAAAAAGUUUCAAGAUUUCAACAACCUUGAGGAGGAGGAGAAGGCAUUCUUUUACAGUCAGCGGUUUCUGAGUGUCCAUGGCUCUUCAUCAGAUUAUGAACCUCAGCCCAUUGGUGAAGGGUGAUUUUGUACACUUGAUUGGUAGUUGUUAGAUAUUAUUGUUUUUUCUUCUUUUUAAGGCUUCAUUGCAGUCAAUAUUUAUCUAGUUGUUAUACAUUGACAUGUACAAUAGGAAACAUAUUUAUCUUCCCUCACA